AUGAAUAACACAUUUAACGAUAAAAAAAAUCCUCAAAAUAAUGUUUUAAAUAUUUCAGAACCCCCAACAUGGUCAACUAAUAGAAUAUCUCUUUCCUCAGAAGAAUAUGUAUAUUAUGUAAAUUUAUUUAACUUAAACGAUAAAUACGAACAUAAUUAUAUUGAUAAUAAAACAGCGUCAUCUUUUUUACAAAACUCUGGUUUAUCUAUUGCGGUUUUGCAUUCAAUAUGGGAAUAUAGUGAUAUUCAAAACAAGGGGUAUUUAACUCUUGAGGACUUUUUCAUUUGUUGUAGGCUCGUUGCUCAUGCACAAAAUGGAAAUCCCUUGAGUUCUGACAUGAUUAAUAGACAACCUCCUUGCCUUCCAAGCUUUGAUAUAAUAAGGCAUAAAUCCUUUUCAAAUAUUUCCAAUCUAGAAGGAACUAUUGAUUGGGGAAUUGAAAUAACAGAAAAAGAAGAAUAUAAAAGGAUUUUCAAAAAAUUAGAUAUAAAUAAUGAAGAAAAAAUAGAAGGAAAUAUGAUUAGAGAAUAUUAUUUAAAUACUUCAAAUAUAUCAAUAUGUGAACUUAUGCAAAUAUGGAAUAUUUCUGAUUAUGAUAAUGAUGGAUAUUUAGACUUUGAUCAAUUUUGUGUUAUGAAUAAAAUUGUUGAAAUACGAAAAGUAAAAGAAAUAAAUAUUCCAUUAUCUAUUCCAAAAAAAUUAUUUAAUUCAAUAAAUCCAGAUCGCAAUCUUGUUACUAAUGAUUAUGAUAAUGCUUCAUUCAAACAUAUGAAGAAAGGAAUUGAAACUCAUGGAUCUGAUAAAUUGUCUUGUUUAAAUUUGUUAAAAACUGAAAAUAAUGAUAAAGAAGGUAAUAAAUAUGAACAUCUUAAAGAUGAAGAUAAUGUAAAUAAUUAUGAAAAUGUCCCAAAUUACGAAAAUGCAAAUAACGAAAAUACAGAUAACGAAAAACUUAAUAUGGAAUUUGAUUUCUUUGAAUUUAAAAAUGAAGAAUCAUAUAAUAGUCAGUAUGAAAAAAAAAAAAAAAAAAAAAAAAAUAUAACAAAAUCGAGUAUGAUCUUUAAGGAUAAAUGUGAAGAAUUCUCGGGUUUUAGGAAAGAGGAAGAAGAACAAGACGAUAUUAGCCAAGAAGUUUCGAAUAAUAAAAAUCAUAAUAAUGAAAUUUUAAUAGUAAAUAAAAAGAAUAAAAAAAAAAAAAAAAGAAAAAAAAAAAUCGAAGAAAAAGCAUUGACAUAUAAUGAGGAAGGAUUUGAAAAUGAGGAAAUGGAUCCAGAAAGACAAAAGCAAAAACAAAAAGAUAUAAAAAAUAAAAAUGAAAAAAAAAACGAAAAAGAAAAAAUGAAGAAAAAGACAAAACAAAGGGAUCAGGGAGAAGGUUGGAAAGAAAAAUGGAAAGAAAAAAUUAAUGAAAAAAUUGAUGAAAAUAUUAGCGAGCAGAAUAGUGAAAAAAUUAAUGACAUGAUAUUAGAAAAUAUUUCUUCUAACAGAACUACUGAAAAGAAUAAAGAUAUUGAAAAUAGUGAAUCUCGAAAUAAAAUGUGGAAAAAAUUUAUGAACGAAUCAAAAUUAGUUAAAUUAAAUUAUAGAAAUAUAAAAAAUCCAAAUAUUGAAAGUAAAGAUAUAUAUAAAAUUGAAGAAUUAAAUAAAAAGCUUGAAGGUGAAAAUAUUGAAAGAAAAAUAAACAUUGAAAAACAAAAAAACCAAUUAAAUCGACUUUCUUAUAUAUAUGAACAUGAAUUAAAAAGAUAUCAAUGUCUUAAAGAUGAGAGAAGGAAUCUCGAAUUUUUAAAUAUAUGUUUAUAUAAAGAUAUAAAAUAUAAAAAAGAAAAUAUAAAAAAUAUAAAAAAAGAAAUUAAAGAGCUUAUAAAUGAUAUAAAUAAAAUAAAUAUAGAAAAUUUAAAUAUUAACAAAAGUUAUAUUAAGAAAGAAAAAGAUGUUAGAACAGCGGAUCAAAAAAGAAAAGAUUUAGAACAAGUUAUAAAUAAAGAAAAAAAAUAUUUAAAAAAAGAUGAAAAAAAUUUAAUUAUGCUAAAGAAUAUGAUUUUAUAUUUAAGAAAACAAAAAUCACAAGCUCUUAAAUUACAAAAUGAUUUAAAAGGCAGAUAUGAUGUUACGAAUACGGAUUAUCAAUUAUUAGUUAAGAAUGUUUUUCACCAACAAAAUAAUUUAAAUAAUAUUAUUAAUAAGCGUUUGGAUUUAGAAAAAGUAAAAAAUCAGCAGAUUGUUUUAUUUAAUUCUUUAUCCAACCAAUCUAUACUACUUGAUUUAAAAAAUAAAUAUCCACAAUUAAAAAAAACUCUCGAAAGUCAAUCCGAUUUCACAUUUCAAGCCCAUGAUAAUCCACCUCAAUCUUUCCAACGAAAAUAUUUUGUAGACAAAAAGGGAAUCCCCAAUGAAUUGAAUCGUGAAAUUAAAUCCACAAAAAAAAACAUCAAAAAUUUUGAAAACAUUAAAAAUGGGGACAGUGUAGAUAUUUUUUCCAGCCUUGAUGAAAUGGACUCUUUUGAGGACAUCCCAGAAGAAGAGAAUGGGAGCUCUAGUAAAUUGUCAUUGAAGGAUGGGGAUCUUAAGAGUGACGAAAACAGUCCAUAG